AUGACAGAACUUUCGGCGGCGCCCGUCCUCUCGACGCCCGCAGAACAUACCUUCGAAGACCCGACGCCUACGCCUCCGCCCCCGCCGACCGAGUCGCGAACCGAAGAUGAACUCGCUGCCGUCUACGAGAUCGAGCGCACGGCGCGCGAGAUCACCGAGGGCGGGUGGAAGCGCGUCGCCCUGCAGUUCCCGGACUCCAUGUUGCGCGACGCCUCGUGGGUCGCCGAAGCGUUGACGAAGGCGCUGGGAGGCAGCGAAAGCCACAGGGUCUGCAUCCUCGCCGACACGUCCUACAGCGCGUGCUGCGUGGACGAGAUCGCCGCCGAACACGCCGACGCCCAGAUCGUCGUCCACUACGGCCGAUCCUGUCUGUCGCCGACGUCGAGGCUACCCGUCAUCUACGUCUUCACACGACACACCCUCGACGUCGACCGAGCCGUCGCGGCCUUCCAGAAAGAGUUCCUCGACAAGGAGAAGAAGAUCGUCGUCAUGGCCGACGUGACAUACCAAGACCACGUCGCCCCCUUGGCCGCCAGGCUGCGGUCGGCCGGAUACACAGGGCUGCUACACACCGAAGUCGUGCACGACCCCGCCGGUGCAAUCCCGAACCGCAAACUGGUCGACUCAUCGUCCUCUCAUGAGGCCGAGGCCCCCGAAGCCGACCUCUCCCAAUACUCCCUCUUCCACGUCUCGGCGCCGCCCCCCGCGCUGCUCCUCGCCCUGCAGACGCGUAUGGCCUCCCUGCACGUCCUCUCGACGCCGAGCCUCGCGACCGAUGACCCGACGAGGACAACAAACGCGCUGCUGCGGCGGCGCUUUGCGCGGGUCCUGACGCUCGCGACGGCGGGCGUCGUGGGAAUCCUGGUCAACACGCUUUCCGUGUCCAACUACCUCGGCAGCAUCGACCUCUUGAGGCGGCGCAUCGCCGAGGCCGGGAAGAAGAGCUACACGGUGGUGGUGGGCAAGCUCAACGCCGCCAAGCUGGCCAACUUCGCCGAGGUCGACGGCUGGGUCGUCGUGGGCUGUUGGGAGAGCGGCCUUGUCGAGGAGGACGCCGGGUUCUUCAAGCCCGUCAUCACGCCGUUCGAGAUGGAGGUGGCGCUGAAGCCCGAGAGCGAGCGCGUAUGGGGUCUCGAGUGGUGGGGCGGCAUCGAGAAAAUGGACCACGACGCCGCCCGGCAGGAGGAGGACGAGGCGCUGGACGAGGACGAGUCGGCGCCGCCCGAGUACGACCUGCGCACGGGCAAGCUCGUGGCCAGCCGGCCGAUGAGGAUGCCCAUUCGGUCAGCCAAGGGGCAAACCGGGAUCGACGGCGGCGGGGACGGAGACGGCAGCGAGAGCGGCAAGGCAACGCCGGCAGAUUCGGCUCUGGUGAAGCGGGAGGCUGGCGAGGUGGCCACCAUCAACGGGGUCCUGAGUCCCGGCGCCGAGUACCUGCGGUCGCAGAGGACAUGGCAGGGCCUUGGGACGGACUACGACGAGGAGAGCAGCACCGUCGUCGAGGAGGGCCGGAGCGGCGUUGCACGCGGCUACACGGUGGGCGAAGACGAAAGUAGAGCGUAG